CGUCACCGUAGCGUCAAAACUUCAUUCACAAUUUUUACCAAGUUGAAAAAUGUUCGUUUUAGUUGACGAGAAGCAUAUUACUGAGGAGUGGAGUGAUUUUACCUUGGUUUUGGUAAGGCACUUAGAUUUGUAUGCAUUAUUGUGACUUAAUAUGUAGCUUCCGUUUUGUGUAACCUUUUAUGAGUUCUUGGCAAAACCCAAUGUCCCCCUCCAUAAGUAAUAAUUAUUUAACAACUAGUACUAGUUGUAGCUUUCGCUAAGUGCCAACGAAAGAAAAAGAAUUUGCCUACAUCACCGGUUUUAGUUCCAAUGUUUAUAAAACCAUUUCAGCUGCUGAGGUGAGAAUUUCCACUACAAGCACUCCUCGUUCCUACAUUUCUGCCAUGAUCUUGGCCUUAAAUUCGCUCUUAUUCUUCUGCUUAGAGAUUUUUGAACUUUAAACUUGUCGAGUUUUAAACAGCGAAAGGGAAAUAACAUUUAUUGGUUAGCACGAACUUGAAAUAGCGAGUUGUAGUUCGUACAAGUACAGUAGUGUGGCAGAGAACAAUAUCCAAACUUUGUUUACAACAAAGGUCAUCAAAAGUCACGUGAAACUACACGUGAAAUCUAACGCUACUAAAAUCCUCAGGGAAUCUACACCUUACAUUACACUUUUCACAGCACGAUCGAGAAUUUUUCUGCCUGUUGCAAUUCUUCGCGUGGCAUUAAGCUGGCCGCCUCGCAAGCCGAUCGUCUUCGCUCGGCUUGCUUGUUGACAAUAAAUUAUUCCUCAAGCCCGAAUGGGCUCUGAAGCAAUAGCCCAUGAGGCUGAAGUCGGAAUGGGCUAUUGACUCAGAGGUGGUGAGGCCGAAAGGAAUAAUUGUUUUAGUAAAAUCCAACUAGUUGGUCAAAAAUAUAGAGUUAAAACAACUUGAGCUAGCAAAACGUGAUUCAGCGGCCAUAAUAGCCCACUAGUUGGAUUUUACUAAAUAGAUUUAUCCAGGGCUAAAAGCGAAGCUCUCGAUAAUAUUUAUAGUUUGUUGUAACAAAAUAUAAAAUCGUGUAAUGCUAAGCGGCGGAAUACGGUGAAAAACGACAAUAGGUCUAAUUAGCAAAAAAGCAACUUUGCACAUGCAGCACUCUUUUUUUAUACAUUUCUUUGCCGUUGUUUUAUACAACUACAACAUGAAACUUCCAGAAACUUCAUAGUUACACGUUUUAUGGAGGAAAUGCCAUACGUGUUCGUGUUCACUUUUUUUCACCUUGCAUUGGUGAAAAAUAUUUUCACCUUGCAUUGGUGGCCGCCAGGCGGUGUUGGACACGGUCCACGUGACCAAUUUUGUCCAAUCACAUCAUUGCAGAUGGCGGAAUGAUUCUUUCACCUUUGUGCGGGUAGUCUCUUCGAUUUUCUUCGAUUUUCGCCGUUUAUCAAGUGAUUUAUGAUAAUUUUUUUUGGAAAAGUUUGAGUAGACAGAUGUAGCAAGCCGCAGUUCUUAAAACAAUAUGAUGUAUGUUUGUUUUCUAUUGAUAUUGUUGGUUGUAAUUCUUCAUGCGCAUAAUCCCUUUGUUUAGUUAAGAGCUAUUGUUUAUGCUUUUCAGUCUACAUCUUCUCUGUGUUCAACGACCCCUGACCUCCAUUUUUAGCAUAAUCUAUUAGUUUUGUUGUUCAAGAAUCUGAAAUGGUUGGCGGGCCCCAGCGGGCCCCGCCAUUUUACGGGUCAAAAUGCCACUUGAAGUAUACCUACGUGCGUGAAUCGUGACUCCAUUCCGCAGCAUCUUUAGUAUUAUAAAUAUACUCGCGCGGUCACGAUCGAACCAGCUUAGAAUACUUUCACCACACGAUCAGCUCAGAAUACUUUCCUUCAUUUCCUUUUUAUUCAUCUUUAAAAAUAUGAUAUUUUUUUGUAAUAUAUAUGUCAUCGUAGCGGCCCUUAGGCCCUCCGUUUUGAAUAGUUCCUUGGCUUCUUCCUUCUGCCCUUGUCCGCAAGGAGUUAAACCUUCUGUAUGCCAGAUUCUUCAUGAUUCCUAAUAAAUCAUACAAAACAUAACGAACAGAUAAAACUGAAUUCAUACGGAAAAAAAUGACUCGAAAACCUCCGCUAACUUGCUGUUGUCCUCAACAACAACAAGUUAGAGGAGGAGGAUUCCACAUUUGCCUUGGCCUCCAGCUUCUUCUGGAAAACCAGAAUAGGUUGCAUAUUAUUUUCGAUGGGAAGAUCAGUAUCCUUCAUGCACAUGUCGAUGUACCUGGAAAAAGAAAUCUGAGGUGAGAAGAGCGCUAUAGAGAAGCUUACGUUCAAAAUCAAGCACUUUAGGCACAUGUAAGAACGAUGUGUUGAUACGUACCGCGUUGCUUCGAUCCCAAAAUUAUCUCUUCAACACAGAAAAUAACAGUUUUGUGAAGCCAGCUGUGAACUUCGAUUGCGGCCACCUUUCCAGAGAAAGAUCUCAAAUGAACAUCGCAUGUUAUGUCCUUUAAAAGCGGAAGAAGACCUGUAAUGCCCAUAUCACACUAUUUCUCCCGGUAUUUUUAUGGCGUAACGAGAGAUGUGAACAAAGCAAAGGUCAGAUGCAAAUGAGCCGUUUUUUGUUUUUCCCCCAUGAUGCCCUUCGGACCGUGUCCAACACCGCCUGGGUGGCCGCUAGCAUUUCUCAUUUUGUCACUGCUGCUACAAAAUUUCUGUUGGUCUUCCAACAAAAAUAUAUCUUCUUUGUUUUUUAUUUCUUUGCUCUAAAUCUCUGUCGCCCUUUUUCUCGUUGAGCUUCACUGGCCUGCUGCCCGUUUUCUCUUUUUCUCUGUCUUUUUUUGUCUUUUUUUUUUUUAAUUUUUAAUGAUAUACUAGUGAGCAGCACACUUACACUUCCAGGGAACAUUUUCACUUGAAAGAAGGAGAAACCAUGCUCACCCGGGGCAACAAAAAUUUUCAUGCCCCAGGCGAGAAUGGAACUAACAACCUUCCACAUGCUAGAUCGGACGUUCUAACCACUGAACCACCAGGGCUCUGGUGUUAAUGAAGUCGGAAUUCUACUAUACCAUCGGAGUGUACUACACUUCUGUACUGGGAGCUGAGUGCAUUGCACUUCUAUGCUCAGUUUCUUGUGUAGCUUCUGCUAGUUUCAGUAAAGUAGUUUUUAAUGAUAUACUAGUGAGCAGCACACUUACACUUCCAGUGAACAUUUUCACUUGGAAGAAGCAUGCCCCAGGCGAGAAUGGAACUAACAACCUUCCACAUGCUAGAUCGGACGUUCUAACCACUGAACCACCAGGGCUCUGGUGUUAAUGAAGUCGGAAUUCUACUAUACCAUCGGAGUGUACUACACUUCUGUACUGGGAGCUGAGUGCAUUGUACUUCUAUGCUCAGUUUCUCGCGUGGCUUCUGCUAGUUUCAGUAAAGUAAUUUUUAAUGAUAUACUAGUGAGCAGCACACUUACACUUCCAGGGAACAUUUUCACUUGAAAGAAGGAGAAACCAUGCUCACCCGGGGCAACAAAAAUUUUCAUGCCCCAGGCGAGAAUGGAACUAACAACCUUCCACAUGCUAGAUCGGACGUUCUAACCACUGAACCACCAGGGCUCUGGUGUUAAUGAAGUCGGAAUUCUACUAUACCAUCGGAGUGUACUACACUUCUGUACUGGGAGCUGAGUGCAUUGCACUUCUAUGCUCAGUUUCUCGCGUGGCUUCUACUAGUUUCAGUAAAGUAAUUUUUAAUGAUAUACUAGUGAGCAGCACACUUACACUUCAGGGAACAUUUUCACUUGAAGCAUGGUUUAACAACCUUCCACAUGCUAGAUUUCUAACCACUCCAACUCUGGUGUUAUUGUUCACUGGAAGUGUAAGUGUGGGAAACCAUUGCUGCUCACAAAAGUAAUUUUAAUGAUAUACUAGUGAGCAGCACACUAUCAUUCCAGUGAAAAAGAAGGAGAAACCAUGCUGGACAUGGCAAUUUAUCUGCUUUUUCUUGCCCCAAUACUUUUGACAUGGAUACAGAAACAAUUUCCAUGGAUACAGAAACAAUUUCCGCUUUCCGUUUUCAUCUCUAUUGACUCUUUUGUUGUCUGUGUUUUACAAGACGCCGGUGGCUAUGCGAAUUCCCACCAAAAUAACCUCAAGUUGCAUUUAGGUUGCCAUACCUGUUGAAUGAGUUAUUUUACAGUGGUAUGCCUGUGGUGCGGACGGACAGUCUCUUGGGUGGGCGGUCGGUCAAUGUACGGUCACGUGAUUACCAAAUUUUCUUGGAUGGGUCGAUUACUUCAUUUUCUUACCCAUGGUGCUGUGCUGAUGCGCUUUGCGCGCAAGAGCUCCGCCAUAAAGGUUACACAAAACAGAAGCUACAUACUAAGUAACAACGCAUACAAAUCUAAGUCAGCAAUGUUUCAUUUGCCAAUGCCCCACGGAUAGGGAUGGUAAAAUCUUGGGGUGAAGUGGUUUUCAAAUUAAACUCGUUUGAUCUUGAAUAAUUUUCCUUUGUUUCCAUGCUCUGAUUAUUCAUAGGAAACAAAGGAAAUUUCCGGAGGCCAGAGGAGAACAGGGAUGAGCAUACUUGGAAUUGACUGACCAUGGUCAGUCAAUUCCAAGCAUUUCCUUUGUUUCCUAUGAAUAAUCAGAGCAUGGAAACAAAAGAAAAUUAUUCAAGAUCAAACGAGUUUAAUUUGAAAACCACUUCACCCCAAGAGAAGAUUUUACCAUCCCUAUCCGUGGAGCAUUGGCAAAUGAAACAUGCCUGACGUAGAUUUGUAUGCAUUGUUACUUACUAUGUAGGUUCUGUUUUGUGUAACCUUUAUGGCAGAGCUUUUGCGUGUAAAGCGCACCAGAUUUUUCAGUGUUCAUUUUCUAUUUGGUCUUUUGAUCAACAUUUCAUAUUCAUAUUACUGCUUUUCUUUUGGGCAAAUAUCCCUUAACAGAAUUUCCCCUUUUUACUUACUUACCUUCUCCUUACAUCAACUCUUCAUGCACUAGUCAGUGAAGCCCCUGACCCCACCUCCCCAACCCUUGGGAUGAUAGGUGAAUUGUAUUGGGGUACCUUUCACUUCUUAUUCAGUCGCUUGGCCUACCUCCUGGUAUAGGCAGGGAGUGCGUUACAAAUCACCGUUUUUGCCCCCUGGACCAGGGAAUUAGUUGGAAUUAACAUCCUUAGGUUAAGGUUGACAUUUAAAAGGGAGUACAAUGUCUGGCGGAAUAUGGGUGUGGGGGAGUUCAUUAUUCACUUUGGCCCUUUGUGGACCAGGAAAUUCACUUGCUUUCACUUGCAGAGAAAGUGGGAGAAGGGUAAUGUUUAAGGGUUAGAAAUGACUGUUGCUUGAAGGCAGUGUUUUCAUUCCAAUAAUAAACUAAAUUAAAGGUUGAAAAGAAAAGUUUUAUUAGACGUAAAGUAUCUGAGAUUGUUAUGUUUCUUCCCCAGAGCUUCACACGUGAAUGUUACACUUUGAUGCAUAGUGCACAUGUUUGUAAUUGACAUUUGGCAUUUUUUAAUAACCUAAAGUUUUGCAAUUUUUGUAGCCAGCUGUGUCAAUAGGUAAUGUGGGACAGUUAACGAUGGAUCUGAUAACAUCUUCACUAUCUCCUAACUGUUACCACAUUGGAUAUUUACAUGACCCCUGUAUCUUACCAGUAGUGGGUAAUGAUGCCCUUGUCGAGUCCUCUUCAUCUUCAGGGAAACUUAAUGUCAGUGCUGAAGGUUUGUUUAUCUAUUCAUCCAUUUUUUACUAGUGUCUAUCAAGGCUUAUUCCAGUGCUUGUAAACAAAAAGGUGAACCAUUUAAAAGAGGCAGUCAAGUAACUGUGAAGUUCCAUAUGUUUCUGAUUGUUGUGAACUGGAAGCACUUCACAUAGGAUGGAUGAGGUUGUAAUGAUAUCCAAAAUAAUCAAGGUCAAGGUAAGUGUUAUCAGCCAAGCCAAAGGCCGUGGCUGAUGACACUUACCGAGACCUUGAUUAUUCCAGAUAUCACAAAAACCGAAUCUAAUAAUAUUGUUUUAUUAUACAUUGUUUUGAAAUAAAUAACGACAAAUAUACUGAUUUGACAUUGCUCUUGGAAAUCAUGCAUUGUGCACGCAUCCUACAGAUUAGUCAGUUAUCUCUGCUUUCUAUAAUGCCAUGUGUAAGACUAUGACGUAAUUAAUGAUGGUAUUAUUGUUGUUUCCUUGACAGUGUACAAAAAUGAUGAUUAUAAGCUUGUUCUUCUACAACUAAGAGCUCCACUAGUUAAGGUAGUAUUAUAUGGUUCAUAUACCAUAGUUUUGUAAUGUUUAAGUUUUUUGGGUUAAAGAUAAAACCUGAUACUCUAUUUCAAUAGAGUACAUCACUGCCACAAGCAACCUGGAUUAUGUCGUAAUAUAAGUCAACCCCGGACAAAACCUGUUGAGACAAAUCGCAAAAAUACCUAUUUUUUCCUAUCAUCCUGGCAAAAACUGAAACCUCUGCCAAAUGAAUGUCAGAUUUCCCCCCUCCCCUUAUCCAAAGUUGUUAAGGAUAGCAAGGGAAUUAUACACUCUGGUUUGUAGACCGAGACAACUUUGAAUAGGGGGUGGGGAGGGGGCUUACUUUUUCUGUUUACAGGAGACAGGAGUAGGGCACAAAAGUUAGAAAAUAGAUGGAAUUGUCUCAACAGUUUCGUCCGGGGUUGGUGCUCAAGUGUAAAUGAGGUAAAUUAGAAAAGAAAUAAUCUUUAAGGUAAAAAUACAUGUAUAUUCAAUACUAGAAAUUAAAGGCUAAUAACAUAAUUUGAGGUUGAGCUCUAGAUAACUAUUACAAAAGACUGAAAUUGUACACUGUUGUCACAAUGCUCACCAAUUCCGUGUGCUGGAUUUCCUGUGAUGUGUAAACAUACAAAUGAUUAUCUGAAAAGAGGUUGACAUAAUAUCCAACAUUUUUAUUACAGGGUUCUCAAGCAAAAUUCUGCAAGAAACUUGUAGCAUGGGUAAAUGAAUGCCACUUCAAACAGGUUCUUGUUCUGUCCAGUGUUAGUGCAACUGAACGAGUUGACUCACAGAUUGAAGGGUAUGAUAUAGUUCCCUAUAACAGAUGCUGUAUACCUUGACUAUCUCAAUGUUUCAUGUCAUUAAAUGUCAGUGUGGGCUCCAUGAGUCAGAUUUUAAUUUAGGCAUGUGUAUGGAAUUUAAACACAAAUGCUUGAUUUAGGGUAAUCAAUGCAAACUACUGCAACAUUGUAUAUUAAGUUACUGUUAGAUCAGAUUUAAAUUUAAUUCAUGCCAAGGCCUUGUAAAUAUAAAUAAUAGGCUUUCUGUUGGUUUUCUUUUUGUCCAAAAGAAAUUUGAAGAGCUUUUAGCCAAGUUUUCUUUGGGGGUCCAGGGGUUUCAAUAAGCGCCGAUGGCCGACAAAACACAUCGGCCACUUUGUUCAUAGAAGUUGGCUACUUUUUCCUAGAGAAAUAUAAAGUUUGAAAUAAUUUAUUACAUUAUUAACAAAAUAUAUCAUUAAAUGUGAAUGAAAACAUAAUUAUGAUGUGCUUUCAUGAAAGCCCACUGGUUUUACGUUAUCCUUUAGUCAUGAGAAUGCUAUAUUUCAGUCAAUUUUUCACACCUUUAUGCUGAAUUUGUUUAUGAGCAAAAGUAUGUGAUGUAGUUUUCAUAAUUUGUUCUUUGCUUGUAGGAAUUUAUUAUGUAACUGAUAAAUUGAAAGUUGAAUGAGAGCUACAUUUUCUUGAAUGAAAAACAAACUCUUUUCUCCUCAAUUUAGUUCCCAGAACUCUGAAAUUCGCAUUUUAGGGCUUUGAAGUUUCAAAAGUUUCUGGGGAAGCAUGCCCCCAGAUCCCCUUCUCCUAGAGAAAGGGGACUAACAGCCCCUUGUUGAUACAGUUGGUUACUCUAUUCACACCUGCUUCAAUUUUUAUUGAAACCCCUGGGGGUCACAUUGCAGCAAAACACUGAUUUUCGAGGACUCUCAGAUUCAACACCAAAAUCUUGAAAAAUCUGGAUCUAGGGGCAAACCUUUACAGACGUAAAAGAUGUGUUUUCUUAAUUGGGGAUGACUUAAUUAAUCUAUUGCUACUAACAAGGUUUAUAAUUAAAUCCACAAAAAAAUAUGCAAAACACCAUUUAAUAGGCCAUUUCCAAGUUUCAAGGCUCUCACUUUCCAAACGAUACUAUGUGUGAAACCUUUCUUGUGAAAACAAGAUAAUUAUAUUUGCAUGGGAAUAGAGUGUUUUCACUCACGUGGCCGGAAUCUCCACAAAUUCAUUGGAACAAAAGAGAGCGUUUGCAUAAGAAAAGAGUUCCACUCAGAAAGUAUCAUUGUUUCAUUGCCGUUUCAUUGUUUUGGGGCACCAAUAUGGCCGCCAUGACCUCAUGUGAAAACACUCCUCAAAAGUCAUUUUUAUAUGAACAGCUUUUCACUUUAGCUUCGCUAUGAAAUAGAAGCUUGGAGCAACUCAGAAAUUAUCACGAUUCUCAGACGUCUGAGGGACCCCGAACGACCUCAAACGUCUGUCAGAAAUGGCCUAUUUUGUAAUUUUUUUCCUCUCUCUCUCUUUAUAACGUUUAUUUUGAUCUCAAGCCCCUGCAUAAAAUUCACUGCUUACCGUUCAGUCUUUCUGUACCUUUCAGUUCCUGAUGAUGGGUACAAAAUGUAGAUCAUUGAUGAAUUUAUGUUCUUGUUUAUAAUUUUUAGGUACCAGUAUUAUUUAUUUUAGUUUAUUUUUUUAUUUGAUUUUCUCUUUGACUCAACUUUUUAAUUUUUUUAAUAUGUAUAUUGGAAAGAGAUCAUUCAUUUGAGAAAGAAUUACAGAUAGCAACUUGUGUUUAUUAUUUUUACUAUCAUUUUUUGACAGAUCAUAAUUUAACAUACUAUUUUUAGCUCUCCCUUAAGGUACCUUCUCUCACCAUCCGCCAAGACACUCAUUCCAUUGUUUAAUAAACUGUCAUGGAAAGAACUGGAAAAGAGAGCAAAGUUCCCAGAUGCGAAUGAAGGUGAGUCUCUACUCAUAGGUCUGAUGUAAUAAUGUGGCUUGUCUGUUGGACUGUUGUGGUUUUCUUGAGUGGUUUAUAAUCAUCUCAUAGUAAUAAAUUCCUUUCUUCCUCAAAAAAUGAAAUUAUAGUUAGAAAACAGCGUUAAGGAUUUUGAAGAAAAUAAUAUGAUUGAGAAUCAAAAUUUGUCACGGUGGUAGGUCAAAUAGGGAUUCAGUAGUACACAGAUAGUUUUAAUGACAUAAAAGGAGAGUUUCUUCGAUUUCAUCUACAAAAACAUGGUUAAUCGACUUGUGUUCUUCUCUUUUUAUAAUGCAUCAGUCAAUUCCACCUGCGCCUAGCCCCCCCACCCCCCUGCUGACCCCCGGGCAUUAGCAUUUUUUGUGCCUUGGAUGGCAAAUUCCCGGGGGUGGGGACUCUUGAGCUGUCAAAUCCCCCAGGGUGGGGACGAAAAAAGAGGGCCAAUGCCCCGUCCUCCGUCAACACUGCAACAUUUGUCAUUGUGAUCGCACAUUCAAGUAGUGCCAUUUUAAGCAUUUUAAUGUGCGAUUUUUUGUUUCAAUUAACGUCUUUCUUUGUAAUAGCGCGAGGAUUCUAAUUAAGACUUCACGCCGCGACGACAUGCACCAGUUUAUGGUUUUAGUAUUGACAUAAAAUUAUUGACAUUAAAAUUAAUAGAGCGCUGUAAAGUUAUAUGUUAUGAAUAGUUUUAUAAAAUAAUAUGAAAGGAUGUUCUUCAAAUAAUAUCAACAGAAACAAGAUUCAAUAACCAAAAAACGUUGAUUCACAUCCAUAGCUCCAAUUUCGCUACAUAAUUCUGGCUUGAAAAGCAAUGAAGAAGUGCGUACAUACAUGUAAAAUCAAGAACAUACCUUUACAACCCUCUACAAUUUAUUCCUGUCAUUGACAGAUGAGCCAAUCUGCGUAUAUAGGAAACCGCGUGCGUGUCAAAAGCUCGGGAAUGGCCCGGGGGUUGCCAAAUGCCCGGCCCCCGCGCAGUGCAAAAUUUGCAAAUGCCCCACCCCCGGGAUUGACAAGGCGGGCAAGUGCCCCGCAGUUGCCCGGGGGGGUGGGGGGGGCCUGGGCACAGGUGGAAUUGACUGAUGCUUAAAACCCAAUUUUUCUAAUUAAUUUUCAAAAAAUAAUUUUGUAUCAUUUGCAAUUAAAAGCAAAGAACCCGCCGUCUUGGAAGCUUUGGUCUACAGUCAGUGGGAACUGAAAGGUCUCAUGCAAGGAAACGAAGGAGAAAAUUCUAUUCACCUUUACCAUCCCUGGAAAAGGCAAUUGCUCCAAAUGAGCCCGAAAUCAGAAACUAGGAGAGCAUUUUCAGAACAUUCCACUUGUUUCAGCACAACGAGACAAAUAUCCUUAGCUGACUUUCUCGCUAAAAAUGCUCUCAAAUCUUACAAUCAACCAUAAGACUUUCACGGCAAAGUGUGCUUACACAGUGCAAUUGAAAGAAUUGUCCUUUUCAUUCACAACGUGGAAAAAAUUUUGAGACCCAAAAAUGAAUGGCCUCUUAAAAUCAUUGACUCUUCCACACGCACCUCGCAGGCCUGCGCACCUGAGUAAAUGUCAUUAAGAAGUACAAACAGGCAGAAAACUUAAAUUUUUGUGUAUUUCUACCCCACACUACAGUUUUUAUUUUAAAACUAAACACCCCCCUCCCCUUAUGCCCUCAUUUUUUAUUAAUUGAUGGCUGUUUUUCUCUCCAUAUAGUAUGCAUAAUGAAUGAACUUUUAAGCAGUGUGUUAAUUUGAACUGUAUCAACGUAUUAUGUUAGAGUCAACCGAAGAGGAAGAGUUCUUUUUACCUGGUGGAGGAUUUACAAAAAAAUUAUACGAAGAAUGGUGAGGUGCUAACUCGAUCAAAGAUUAAUUGAUUCCGUUACAUGAUAUUAAUGUGGGAAUGACAGAUAUCUUUCUCUAUUUUUUUUCAAUAUUAUUAGUGCAUUAUAUUAUCUAAGAAUUUAGGAGGUGUGGCGGGAUGAACUCUAUGAAAUGUUAACAAAAGGAAAUGCCUUUGUGUAUCGUGGAAAGUGCACUUAGCUGCCCUAGCUAGUUCAGUUCAUAGGUACUCCUCUCAAAUCAUUGGAAAGAGUAUGAAAAUUAAUGGUAUUUAGAUUGACCCAAGGUUAAAGGGGAAGUUCCCAUUAAUAAAUCUAUAAUUUACUUCAAACCAGUAACUCAAGUGGAGUCAAGCCUGCAAUCGGUUCAAAAUUAGUAACUUGUCAGGAGAUAACUUAAAAACACGUAACCUUGAUGGGUCAACACCAAAGCCCCCAAUUGACCACUCCAGAAAAUACCAUAACAUACCAUAAUACUCUUUGUUAGUCGCCAAAAUUUUGCAUAAGCAUUGUCUUCAGUUUCUCUUGGGAGUUAGCGGUUCAGUGGUCAAAGCCAUGUAUCAAGUCUGCGAGUCUGACGGACUGACAAAUCAGCCACGCUGCCUGCUGCUGUACACUUCCAGCACUGAACUUUAAAUUCACGCAAAUAGAAAGAGCCUAUUUACUGGAGGGGCACCAAGAAGCAGCUUGUAACGAACUAUAUUACUUAAGUUUGUUUCUGUUUAGUUGCAGAGAGAAUAUCUCCCUAGCUGUUCUACUUACAUUCUGUUCAGAGGGUGAUAACAUAUCGGAUGCUGUAAAUCUCUUCCUUUUUGUCAAUGAGUGGCUUAGUCUAGUUCCCAGAAAAGAGGUAACUUUAAAGUAA